AUGAGUGUUGGACGCAGAAGAUUAAAGCUGCUGGGAAUUCUGAUGAUGGUCAACAUUUUUAUUUAUGUGAUUGUGGAAGUCUCAAAAAGUGGCAACCAAGAGAAGAAUGCAAAAGGCCGUGUUAUUAUACCACGCAGCAAGUUCUGGAGAAAAUAUACUCCUCACAAAGCUUAUUGGAACAAGCAGCAGCAGAAGCUUGAACUGCUGUACAACCCUAUCCUGACCUUGCUUUCCAAUAUGACUGUGGAAGAGAAUUUACUUUCUAACUCGAGUGUUCUCAGUUCCUGUGACCCUGACCCAUGGGUACAUUCAGAGGUUAGUGACUUUGCAAACUUGCCAGACAGAUUCAAAGACUUCCUACUUUAUUUGAGAUGUAGAAAUUAUUCCUUAUUAAUGGAUCAACCAAACAAGUGCAAACAUAAACCUUUUCUGCUGCUGGCUAUUAAGUCACUUACACCCCAUUUUGAUAGAAGGCAAGCAAUUAGGGAAUCCUGGGGCAAAGAAAUAACAUCGGGGGAUGUGACAGUCAAAAGGGUCUUCUUACUUGGACAGACCCCACCAGAGGAUAAUUUUCCUGAUCUUUCAGGCAUGAUAAAAUUUGAGAGUGAAACCCACCAAGACAUUCUCCUCUGGAACUACAGAGACACUUUCUUCAAUUUAACUCUGAAAGAGGUGCUGUUUCUGAAGUGGGUCAGCACCAGUUGCGCAGAUGUCCAGUUUAUUUUUAAGGGUGAUGAUGACGUUUUUGUGAAUACCCAUCAGAUCCUGGAUUACUUGAAGAGCUUAUCAAAGGAGAAAGCCAAAGACUUAUUUAUAGGUGAUGUGAUCAAAGAUGCUGGACCUCAUAGAGAAAAAAAAUUGAAGUACUACAUCCCAGAAAGUGUUUAUGAAGGUUCAUAUCCCCCGUAUGCAGGAGGCGGUGGGUUUCUGUACUCUGGUGAUCUGGCGUUAAGACUGAAUAAUGCAUCUGACCAGGUACUUCUUUAUCCUAUUGAUGAUGUUUAUACUGGAAUGUGCCUUCAGAAACUUGGGCUUGCUCCGGAAAAACACAAAGGCUUCAGAACAUUUGACAUCGAAGAGAAAUACAGAAAUAACAUAUGUUCCUACACAAACUUAAUGUUAGUACAUAGUAGAAAACCUCAAGAAAUGAUAAAGAUUUGGACACGCUUGCAAGAUCCACACUUAAGUUGUUGAAGUAAUGUGCAUAAGUGUCUUAAGUCCAAAUAACUUUCCAAGUUUGGGUCUGACUUUCUUGCUGGACCAUUGAAGCUCUGUUUAAUAGUUUAGUUUUCUCUGGAAACUUUCUCCUGUACUUUUGAAAAUGAGAAUAAUAUUAAAAUUUGAGGGGAUGGCUUGAAGACUUGGUCCUGACUUUUUCCACUGUCCUGGUGGUCAUUAUGUUUCAAUAUUUGUCUUAAAUUAAUUUUAAAAAGGACUUCAAGGAUGUAACUAGCUGUCAGUGACUAGUUACCUGCAUUGGAAACAGGGAUUGACUACUACAAUGUAUCUUUCAUUAAUUGUGAUGGUGGAAGAUAAUUUUUCCUCGAGUAGUGUUUGUGUGUGGAAACCACUGUAAAUUGAAAAUUCACAAAUUGGAGGAAUGUAGUUUUGCUUUAAGUAU